AUGGAAAACUCAAACCCAAUUAUCUACUUUAAACCAGUAGAUGAAGAUACUAUUGAAGAGAUAGAUAUCAGUACUCUCUUCUAUGGUGAAAGUAGGCAGUUAAAUAAUAAAAUAAGUGAAAUCACAGAAAAUGAUGUUUAUGAAUGCAUAAAAGAUAUAAUUGACCCAGAGUACCCUUUAACACUUGAACAACUCAACGUCGUCUCCCUCGAAAACAUCAUUAUAGACCACAAAGAACAAAUUAUAUUUGUUUUUUUUAAGCCUACAGUAACCAGCUGUUCUCAAGCAAGCCUUAUCGGACUGUCAAUAUACUACAAACUAUACACUGUUUUUAAUAGAAACUUCAAAAUUAUUAUUAAAGUAGUUAAAGGUACACAUGAUCUAGAAGAUUUAAUCAACAAACAACUCAAAGACAAAGAAAGAGUGUACGCAGCUCUGGAAAACCCCCAAAUUUAUAAAACUAUUACUAAAGGACUUGCCAACUCCGACAUUUGGGAGGACCAAUCCUUAUUAUAUUAA